UUAUGUGCUUUGUGACUGUCUUGUCUUGCAUUUAAAUGCCUUUAGCCAUGUUGUCCUCAUGAGGACAUGAGGCAAAAUGGAUUAAACUACCCAAGACUGCACUCUGGCAUUUUUAAGUUAGAUUCUGGAGUGGUGCCUAUAACUGUCUUUAUCUUUUUCCCAUUGAUCUUUUCUAAAGGUUAUUUUCUGUGUGGCUAUCUCUCUGUCUACGCUAAACCCAACACUCUGUUUCCAAAAAACUCUAUAUUGGAGUCAUCUGAUCAUAGUACCCUGUCCUAUUGAAAGUUCCAGUAAUUGUUUGGCAAAAUGUAGGCGCUUGAGCUUGUUGUUUGAUGCCAGUAAAGGAUUUUUUAUGGCAACCCUCACGAAAAAUGUGUGCUUUUGUAGGUGGUGUCUGAUGGUAUUUUUGGAGAAUUUCUUACCCCAAGACCCAACCAACGUCUGCAGUCCUCCAGCUGUGACCCUUUUAGAUUCUUUGGCCACUCAAACCCCCGUCCUCACUGUGGGUGGGGUCAAUGUAGACGCACGUCCUCUUACAGGCUGAUUGUUUACAUCUCCAGUUGCUUUAGACUUCUUCAUUAUGGCCUUGAUGCUGGAAAUUGGCAAUUUUCAACUAUUGAGCAAUUCUUUUUGUAGCCAUUUGCUGAUUUGUGCAGCUCAACAACCUUUUGUCGCACAUCAUUACUGUAUUCUCUGGUCUUUCCCCUAGUGAUGGAUGACUAUAGGAAUUUGUGUGUCACCUCAGUCAGGUGAACUCAAAAACGUAUAAAAUAUGAAUGGGAAUAUACUUCAGGUAGAUUCUACACAUUGAUAUCCCUAUUGAUAUCCCUGCUGUGAAGUGUAAAUUAUAUUAAAGUGGUUUUCCUCCCUGAAUUGCAUUACAUUUUCCAGAAUAUUCCCCUUAUUUAUGUCUAAGUCCUUUAAUAAGCAAUUGGACCAAAACAAAUAUGGAUGUGAUGCUGACUGUAGAAAAAAAACAAAGAAACUUCUAACCCAACAACUUUAAUGGAGGCAAGUUUACAGAUGUAUUCUAAAUACAGUUUUUCCACUACAGGUUCAAUUGAUGAUAUGUUGGGAGACCUGUUGGGAGAUGAUGAUUUCCCAGUGAAGGCCAAAGCUUCAGCACUUAAAGCGGGGAGACCAGGAGCUCCCCUACCAUCACGCAGUGGACAACUCUCAUUGUUUGAAGACAGUGACUUCUUCAGCAAACUGGCUGAAGAUGUUGAAAAUGAUAAUGAGGGGUCUGAUGUUUCUGAGGCUGAUCCCAGUGCCUUACUGGCUGGCAUGAAGGACAUAGAUGAUAUGGAUGCUGAUCUCUUUGAAUCUAAGAAGAAAAACAUCCCCACCUCAGCUCAGAGUAAAGCCUCCAGCAAUGGAGGACCUUUGAAAGAGCCUCCUAAAUUAGGGGAAAUGCAGAAAGGAAGAGGAAUCUUAGAUGAGCCAAGCAUUGAGAAGAAGCCCAGUUCUGCUCCUGCAUCUACAGCUCGCAGCUACAAGAAGUUCAGUUUUAAUGGUGAUGAUGAUGAUGAUGAUGUUUUUGCCCCAACAACUGACGCAAAAGACCUUGAUGACCCUCUGGCAGAUCUGUUUGACGAUCUACCCAUAGAAAGUACCUCAAAGAUCCCCACAAAGCCUAAUCCAGAGGUAUCUGGGCAGUCUGCCCAAGGGUCCCCCAUCAUAAAGAAAAAAGGAACAGCCUCACCAGCUCCAGUUUCAAAGAAGCGAGACGAACUUAUGUUUGAUGAUGAUGAGGAUGACCUGAUGGAUGCGUUGGGGUUUGGGGAGAGUCCCAAACAGAGCCCUAAAAAGGAGAUUGUUCUCACACCAAAAAAAGAGAGCAGUGAGCCCCCUCAGAGAGCACGCACCAGGCUAGAUGAGAUCCUAGGGCGUGGGACGUCCCCUCGCCCCCUGGAGCGGCCUCCUAUGGUGGAGAGGAAGGAGCCUCCACAACAGGAGAACCAGCAGCAACCACACCAGGAGAAGAUCCCUGCGACUAAAGACCCCUUGGUAGCAGACAACCUGACGUUUGGUUCCUAUCAGCCCACACUGGUCAGUACAGCAGAAGGGCGUCAGUCCCGCAGGCAGUCGGUCAGGUUCUCCACUGAGGACAUCAGUGCCACUUCUCCGGAAAACAAAUCCAAACCCAUCACGCCUGUCCGCUCCCGGCCUGCUGCGGACUGGCUUGGGCUCUCCCAGGAUGAUGAGGAAGAGGAGGACGAAGAGGAAGAGCCCUCGCCCGCACCAGAAUUACUGAAGAUCACUUCCCCGCCGUCAGCUGGAAACAAGCCUUCCUUGUCCGGCAUCCACGUCACACCCGCGACAACGCUGCCGACGGAGACAUCCACCGCCAAACCCUCUAAGCCAACAGGAUCCAGUGCCGAAGACUCUGCCAGCCAUAAGGAAGAAGGUGAUUGGCUAUCAGGGGCCUUGAGCAGGAAAAAGACUCAAUCAUCCAAACGGUCAGAGGAAAAGAGGACAACCCAGGAAGACAUUCUGGGCCUUGGAGAGGAGGUGAACUUGGACUCGUUUCUCAGUAAACGCGGUUCUUCACCAGCUUCAGGGAGAAAAGACACAUCCAGCCCCAACAAGGACCCAGGAGAUUCUUCUCCUCCCAGGGAGGCCUCCCACAGACCUGCCAGCCCUACUGCUCAUUCUACACCAGGGAGGAAGGAGGACCCGUCCAGGCCCGUACCACGGCACAGCGAAAUGCAGAACACUUCACCUGCUGUCCAACCACAGGUUGCUCUUUCAGCAGACAGUUUGCAACAACUCCUACUACAACAACAGCAGCAGUUGCAGUCCCAAUUGCUGGGGCUAGGGGGAGCUGUGGAUAUAGCUGGGCUGCAGAAACAGAACAGGGAGACUGAGAAACAGAGUGGAGAUCUAGCUUUACAGGCCCAAAUCAUCAAACUGGAGGGACAGGUGAGGUCCCUACAGCUGGAGCUGGACCAGACCAGGAGGCUGCUGGAGAGUGUUCAGCAGAGACACAAACAGGACAUUGAGCUCAUGGAGAAUACGCACAGGGCUCGUGUGAAGCUGCUGGAGGACUCCGUGGCACAGCGAGAGGCACGGGCGCGACAGGAGUGCGAGGACCUUGCUGAGCGUUUGGCCACGGUCACGCGUAUAUCGGAACAGGAGCGGAUGGAGCUGCAGGCACAGCACCAACGCAGACUGGCCCAAACCCAGCAGGACCGCGAUCGAGAAGUGGAGAGACUCCGGGACCUACAGCAUAAGUCUAUUUUGGAGAUGAAGAGGGACCAUGAGGAUCAGAUCCAGAGGCUGAAGAGAUUAAAAGAUGAGGAGAUUGAUGCUGUGACCAGUGCCACAUCUCAAACCAGAUCCCUGGCGGUGGUCAUUGAGCAAAUGGAGCAUGUCUCUCACAGGCUGGGGGACCUUUCGUCUCGGGUGGAAAGCACCCAUGAGAAUACGUCUCAGGGCCUGGAGCAGGGGGCACGGCAAAGAGAUGAGCACCUCAGAGGCAUUAUAUCACUUCUAAAAUGCUCUAUUCAUUUUCCAUUUGUCAGAAUGAUCGGACGUUAUGCAAAAGUCAACUUUCACUUUCUACUUUUGUCAGUGAUGCAGGGCCAUCUGGGCCAGCAGCAGAGGGCCAUGGCAGAAGAAACAGCGAGACUAAAAGAAGUCAUUGCCAAGAUGGAGACCCAGCUGGCUGAGCAGCAGAGGCAACUAGAGAAGGAGCGCUGGAGGGUAACUGCAGAGCAGGCUAAGGCUGACUCUUCUCAGAGAGGCCUGGAUGAGGAAAGACGCUCUCUGACUCAGCACAUCAACAUGGAGCGAGAGGAGCUGGAGAGGGCCAAGAAUGCCCUGUUGGAAGAGCAGCAGCAGGUCAUGCAGCACUGUGCGGAGGAGCGGAGGAAGCUGGCGGCUGAGUGGGCCCAGUUCCACGCCCAGGAGAAGCAGAGGCAGGAACGGGCAGAGCGGGAGGCCAGCCGGGCGCUGGAGAGGGAUGCCCAGAGAGAGAGCUCCAUCGUUAGCAUGGCACAGGAGCAGGCAGACCUGAAGCUGCGUGCUGGAGAGCUCAAGCAGCGAGAAGAAGCUGUUGUGCGGGAGAGGGAGUCCCUGGAGAGACAGAGACAGGAGCUGGACAUGGAAAAGGAGAAGCUGAGGGGCACAGCCCUGAGGCUAAAGACACGCGCCCAGGAGGUCGAGGCCUUCAGCAAGCUGGCGUCUGAGAAAUAUGAGCAGGGGGAGGAGGCCCUGCAGGAGGCCAGGCAGGCACAGACUGAGCACCAGGCCAGGCUUAGGAGCAUCCAUUCCCAGAUGGAGAGACUGAGGCAGCAGGAGCAGCACCUCCACCUGGAAAGAAUAAAGAUGACGGAUCAACAUAGAGAAGUGGACAGGCUGAGGCGCAACCUUCCAGUAAACACCGUACCUCAGUCUAUGACGCCCAUAUUCACAGAUGUCAGCCCAGUGUUAACAGGACCUGAAAUGGCUUCCACAAUGACAUUACCCCAGCCCACAUCCCCCAGCAACAGUCCUGGAUAUACAGAGCUCCAGGCGAGACUGGCCCUGCUCAAGCACACUGCAGAAAAGGAUCGUGACUUUCUGCAGGAUGAGCAGUUCUUCUUGGACACACUGAAGAAAGCGCCUUACAAUACAGAUUGACUGCAGGGCUUUUACAAUUGUGAUAUUUAAUACAUUAAUGUGCCAUUAAAGAUGUCUGCAUUUCACUG